ACAACAUACACAUACAAAGCUUCACUUCUCGACCAUGUCGGUCGCAGUGCAUCCAGUGUCGACACCGCGAGCACCCGAGCCUAUGGACAACUUGGCUGCAGCCGGGGCAUAUCAUAACCCUUCCGCUCGGCAACAAUCCUCCUCCACUGCAUCCUAUCGAACUGCCCCAUCCUCUCGCUCAUCGUCUUCGUUGCAGCAGUCACAGUCUGAACAACGCUCGCAUGCACUGUCCCGCCCACCGUCACAUCCCCAUGAAGUUCAUAUUGUCAAGGUCACCGGUGACCAGGACUCCUACUUCCUACCCCAUCUCGAUUCAACACCUCACGGACAAGAUAGGGUGGGACCACCUCCGCCGAGCCCUCCUGCGAGCGUAGAUCCGGGUGAUGAUAUAGUUGACCCACCUCCUACACUCGACAUUGGUCGUAGUGUUCUUUAUGAGGAACCGGAACAACUUCGCGAAUCAGCUGUUACUGAACAAACCGUUGUCCCAACAGGCGAACAACGCGAGGAUUCUGAACGUCGCCCUCAUGCAACUCUGCGAUCCUUGAGCGACGUUGCUACCCGUUCAUACUCUCCCACUCAUCAAUUACCGGCUGCAGGACCGCUGGACACAUCCACCAGUGCACAUACCGAAUUAUCCAUCCAAACCGCCUCCACAGCACUACCUUCUGACUAUCUUCAGCCACCCGCAGCUUCACGACCGACGAGGCGCAAUACCAUUGGUUCGACGGGAGUCAAUCCGCUCAGGACGUCGUUGCAUACUCAACACGGCUCACAACCCCAUGUGUUUGAUGGGGAGGAAUUGGAGGUUGGACUUGCCUCUGACAUCCAACAACAUGCAGACCAGAUCCGGAGGGAACGCAUGUCUAAACGUGCAAAACAGCAGCAGGAAGCUGAAGCCGCGCUGACGCGCAGUGCACCCAAACGAGAUAGCGCCAACACUCGAGAUGACGUCGUACUCGUUGGAAAUUUGAUCGGAGAAGACCAUGUCAACUAUGUGCUCAUGUACAACAUGCUAACGGGCAUUCGGAUUGGUGUCUCCCGAUGCCAGGCCAAAAUCAAACGCCCGUUGACCGAAGAAGAUUUCUCUGCGAGGCACAAAUAUUCCUUCGACAUCGUCGGCAACGAAUUAACACCAUCCGCCAAAUACGAUUUCAAGUUCAAAGACUACGCCCCACUCGUUUUCAGGGAACUCCGCGAAGAUUAUUUCCAUCUUGACCCAGCCGACUAUCUUCUGUCGCUUACCGCGAAGUACAUCCUUUCAGAACUGGGUUCUCCGGGAAAAUCGGGCUCCUUCUUCUACUUUUCACGGGACUAUCGGUUCAUCAUAAAGACGAUUCGACAUUCAGAGCACAAGUUCCUGCUGUCCGUGCUCAAACAGUAUCAUACCCACGUGAAGAACAACCCACACACGCUCCUCUCGCGGUUUUAUGGACUGCAUCGUGUCAAGCUCCCCCGGGGCCACAAAAUCCAUUUCGUCAUCAUGAACAAUCUGUUCCCUCCACACCGAGAUAUUCACGAAACGUUCGAUCUCAAGGGAAGCACUGUCGGUCGUGAGUACUCUGAAGCAAAGGCGGCAGAAAACCCACGUGCGGUGCUCAAGGAUCUCAAUUGGAUCAACCGUGGAAAGAUGUUGGAACUGGGACCUGAGAAGCGUGCUCUCCUCACAGAACAAUUGAGGCGGGAUGCGGAGCUUCUCCGAACCAUCCACGUGAUGGACUAUUCGCUGCUGGUCGGGAUCCACAACAUGGAGCGCGGGAAUCGGGAUAAUGUGCGGCGCAACACGCUUAAGGUCUUUUCUCCAGAUCUCCCUCCCGGAAUGUCACGGCGAGUCACCAGCACCGCAAUCAAAGGGUCGGCGAGGGUCUCUUCGCCGGAGGCCAUUGCGAUGCGCCGUGCGAUGCGGGAGUCAGAUCCUAAGCGUCUCGGCCAUGGCCGAGGCACGCUUCGUUUGCCUGAGGAGGACACUGGCGAUCGAAGAGACUUUUUAUUCUACCGAGAUGAAGGCGGAUUGAGGGCUACCGACGAAGCCAACGAUCCCACGGAAACGAUUUAUUACCUGGGCGUUAUCGACAUCCUGACGCCUUACAGCAUGGCGAAGAAGUUGGAACACUUUUGGAAGGGCCUCCGUGCGGAUCGACACAAAAUCAGCCCAGUUGAACCCACAGAGUAUUCCGAACGGUUCUUCGAGUUCAUGAAGGCCAUCAUGCGCGGAGGCUCAGGGGGCGAGCGAUUCAAGGCCGAAUAGGUUGGCCCACCCCAUAUAUGACAUCAGACCUUUUACUUGCGCCAUCAUGCGCGCCCACGCUCAUUUAUCUGCUCUCUAUCAACCGUUUUGGUGAUUAUCCACACUCCUUUGUUCUCCAGUUUUAUCAUUAUUCCUCUGUAUAUUCCGCAUUCAUACACACCACCGUCUAAUCUUUUGAGGCUAUUGUCCUUGGACUGUCAAGUUCCAAAGUAACAGUAAUAGCAAAAGACUCUGAUUCGUUAGGCAUGUGACCGCUACAGUCCACUCACCACCAUGCUCGUAAAAUAUUCGACGAACGGGCUUAUCUUCAGGCCCCCCGUCCGAAUCCCACCGAGACGAUAUUUGGCGAAUUCCAACCCAAUUCUCGUCCCUGCGAAAGUCAAAGGCUGGCCAACACCGUGGAUCACAGAAACCGACACCUCGCAAUAUCUAUUGCCGCUCUACUCUCGUGGCUGGUUUAUUCAACAACGGGAUAAGGCGGCUACAUUGAGCUGUCAGUUCAAAUUCGAGCGCUACGACGAUGCUGUACCCUUUGUCCACGACAUCUUUACAUUGUGUAGGGCAGAAAAGCACCAUCCCGUCCUGUUGAGCGUGGAGCAUACCGACGUCGGAAAUCGCGUCUUCCUAAUAACAGUAACAAAUUCGGCACUUCGUCCACCAUGGCAUCCAAGCGAUACCCCCCAAGCUCGACAAAUGAAAGGCAUUACCAUGCGCGAUCUACGCUUUGCCGCUCUGGCCUCAGGGCUUCCCAGCGCUUCUGUUGCCACGAACGAUGAUGUUUCCGACGCGUUUAGGCCAGAAUGGGCGACACUUUCUUUAGUUUGGAAGAAAUGGGCUUCAUCCACAGUUCACGUGUCUGAACGACACUCUGGGUGAUUCAAGCACAAGUCGUCAAAACCGGGGCCAUUAGAAGUCUUCGUUUGGGAGGGAUACACUCUGGAAUAGAGCUGGGUGGGACAACUAAAUUGACUGCGUGGUACUCUGUCUGAAUCCACUCACAAACCAUACGUAUGUAAUGACUGGCACGAUUAAUUAUGCACUGCCAUCUAUUCGACUACUUAUGACGUCACGAUCUGUACAGCCACAACAACACCUCUCCGCUCACGCCUUCUACUACCACUUGCCUCGAUAAACAUGACAGAAGCCGCAGAAGUAUCGAUUUCCGAUGAUAUGAUGUGUGUAUAGUUAACGCUUUCUCAUCCACAGACUGUGCAUCCUGCUCAAAAGAGCAGCUGGACCUCAUUCCUCAAAUCAAUCGCCUCCUUCUCUGGAGAUCUGUCAUCGCUAGUGCGCCAAACCAGAUAUUUCGCGCUUUCUCGUGUUAACUCGAUCUCGAGACGGCCCCGCCUUUCAUUCUUUCACCCGUGUCUCUCACAGAGUUUCCUGCGUAUUGGUGUGAACGACCAGAACUCUUUGCCCAAAUCGCAGAUGCCAAAACACCGGAAGAGAGAGCGUUGGCCGUGCUGAAAUGGUUCAUCAGUACCUUGAAAAGUCAGUACACAUCGCGAAACGAAACCAUGGGUUCAGAGAAGAAACCGCUCAAUCCUGCUCUCGGAGAACUAUUUUACGGAUCCUGGCCCGACAAGGAUGGGCGCGGACGGACUGAUCUCCUCGUCGAGCAGGUUUCGCAUCAUCCGCCGAUCACGGCCUACGUUAUCCAAAAUGAAGCCAAAGGUCUGAAACUUGUCGGACACAACGGACAAAAGACGAGCUUCAGCGGUGGAUCCAUCAUCGUCAAGCAGAUUGGACAUGCUGUACUGACCGUCAAAACACCCUCUGGAUCGGUCGAUUAUCUCUUGACGUUGCCUCGCCUUAGGAUCGAAGGGUUGAUCUACGCAAACCCUUAUGUCGAACUCGCGGACACCUCCCACAUCAUCGGCGGAGGUUACGACUGCGCCAUCGAGUACAAGGGCAAAGGGUAUUUCUCUGGCAAAUCGCAUUCGUUCAAGGCAACACUUGCCGCAUUACCAGGCAUGGGCAGUGGAUCCGGUGACAUCGUCAUCGAAGGCGUGUGGAGCGAGAGUAGCAAGUACACGCGCGGUGGGGGAGGGACCUUCCAUGACGUCUCCACUCCCAAAGAGGAAGUCAAGGCCAUCGGGGGCGAGCCCAAUGGAGAAAUGGGACCGAUGGAGACACGCAAGCUCUGGUCGCUCGUUGCCAAGGGCAUCAGAGAAGGCGAUUUUGACCUUGCAAGCACGGAGAAGAGUCGAAUCGAGAACGAUAUGAGACAGCGUCGCAAAGAUGAAGAGGCCAAAGGCACAACGUGGCCCCUGAAGCAUUUCUCUUUGAUUGAAAGCGACCCUAUUUGUAGGUCAACUUUUGAACGGUGCGACGCGUCUUCACGAGAUUGCAGACGAACAAUUGGGCAAGCUGUCCAAGUUGACGCCUCCGACCGAGCAUGGCUACGAAUUUUUGGGCAAUUGGCCGGGCACUUCUUCAACCGUCUGAAAGCUCGAUCCUGUUUGGUCAUAAACCGAGCAUCUGUACACUACAUUCAAUCUUGGACACCGAAUAACUCUAGUCACGUAAAGGAUACAUUUGAUUUGCGGCAAGAAUGUACAGGUUAAUCCAGAGGCUUAUCCGCCAGCCUUCCAGUAGGCAAUGUCACCAUCGAUCA